CAGGCGCAGACAUCAACAAGAGACGCCUUACGUUCGUAGUGCCGUUUUAAAUCCCAACACUGGACAGAAUACUACUUUGUUUCCCACAACUUUACGCAACUUUGCAAGAUGUUUGGCUUUCACAAGCCGAAAAUGUACAGGAGUUUGGACGGCUGCUGCAUCUGCCGCGCAAAGUCGUCCAGCUCUCGCUUCACCGACAGCAAGCGCUACGAGAAAGACUUCAGGAGCUGUUUUGGAUUGAGCGAAACGCGAUCCGGAGAGAUCUGCAACGCUUGUGUGCUCCUGGUGAAGCGAUGGAAAAAGCUACCUGUGGGAACCAAGAAGAACUGGAAUCAUGUGGUUGAUGCUCGAGGCGGUCCCAGUCUAAAGUUGACCUCUCGGCCCAAGAAGAUCAAGUCCGUCGCCAAGAAAGCCCGUCCGAGCCAGAUCAACAGGCUGCAGAAAGAGCUCAAAAGAAACAAUUCCGACGCCCACAGCACCACGUCCAGCGCGUCCCCGGCUCAGUCUCCCAGCUACAGCAACUUGUCCGACGACGGCUCGGACACGGAGCUCAGCCAAGGGUCGGGCCGCUCGCCUGUCUUCUCCUUCCUGGAUCUCACCUACUGGAAGAGACAAAAGGUGUGCUGCGGAAUCAUCUACAAGGGUCGCUUUGGGGAGGUGCUCAUCGACCCCCACCUGUUCAAACCAUGCUGUCGCAAGAAGCAGCAGCAGCAGCAGCAGCAGCAGCUCGACGAGGAGGACGAUGAAGAAGAAGAAGAGGCCGACGAUGAAGAUGUGGAGGAGGAAGAGUUGGAAGUUGAGGGCAGUCGGGCGGAAGGUGUGCCCGUCAGUCGGGUGACGUCACCGCCCGAGGAAGAGCAGGCAAAGGAGACGACAACGGCGGCGGCGCAGCUUUGCGUCACCGUGGCGACAACGUCAGAAGGAGCCUGGUAAAGUCGCAAAGGUCUCCUGCGCACAUCUCCUUCGUCCUCCUCCGAGCACUUGCAAGGCGCCUCACGCCGCCUUCAGUGAGUUUAAAGCAGCUGAAAAUAUUUCUGGUCUUCUCCGUCACAAUGCUGGAGAUUUGUUUGUUGUGUUAGAGCAGUGUUUCCCAACCUUCACUGAGCCAAGGCAUAUAUUUUGCAUGAGGGAAAAAAAACACAAAAAGGUGGAUGAAUAGGUACAUUUUGUACCUUCUGCCGUCUAGUGGAAGAGCAUUUCAUUGUUGUGCCUGUCACUAUAUGUUGCUGGCAUAGAGAGAUGAACUAAGAUCAAUUAUUUGAAGUAAAUGAAGAAGAAUGUUCGGACUGUUGAAGUGAAAUUGGAUCAUUUCUUGCGACCAAACUCGAUGAUUGCAAACGGGUGAAACAUUUCUGGUGAAUUUCCAUUGGGUGUUAAGAUGGGAAAUUUUUGAAAUAUUCCAAGUUGUAAACUUUCCAUCGGAAAUGCAGCGAUACCUUGAGAUACGAAUUUUAUUCAUUCCGUGACAACGCUUCACUCAAAAUCUCAAAUCGUCUCUCUCCAUUGAAAUGAAUCCAAAUGCCAUUAAUCCAUUCCAGCCUCCCCCUGAAAACAACAAACGGACAUUUUUAUAUUUUUAAUCAGGAAAAUAGAAUCUUAUAUUAUGUACUUUACAAAAUCGUACAAAUAUAAUUAAAGAGAAGUAAAGAAUUGAACAGUUUGUGUGUCAUGAAGCAUUCAUUGCAGCACUUUUUGGUGAGUGUAACUUGACCACCAGGGGGCAGUAUAAUACCUGUAAAUUCCCUUGAAAUUUUGCAGCCCUACUGCCACGGCAAACUGGUUGGGAAUCACUGCAUUAGACAGUCAACGUAUGGACUCUCGUCUUUCAUCUUUUACCGUUUAAUACUCUCACCUUCCUGGCAAAUGGGCCAGCAUCUCAUGAUUUAGUUUUUUUUUUUUUUUUGGUCUUUACAUACAUGCCGGACUUUCACUUUUGAUUCCACGAUGCAAGACAGCCGCUCCGCGUUUUCGUCCGCAAGACGUCGGGGCUACUUUUAGGUUUCGUCAACCAGCAUUUAGGAUGUCAACCUCAAGAGGAUGCGCGACUGCCGUGCGAGAUGGUAAACACAGAAAAACAUUUAACAUGACAGUUAACAUUUUUUUGUGUGUGUUAACAUUCUAUAUCCUAUAAUCCAGGAUCACUUGACAGUUCAGAGAAUUUUUUUUUUUUUUCACCCCACUCCUCAAUCUUAUUCAGUAACGGCUAUGGAAAGCUGUUUGAGCAUUUAUUCUUUAUCCUUGAUAUCCAGUUUAAGGUCAAUGUGCUUGUACGCGCUUUGUCCUCACUGGUAGGACAAUUCAGCGCACUAGUAGAAUGACUGGGUCUUAAUAGCAGUGUUUUUUCCCCCCCACUACUGUAUGACAUUUCUGCACACUAGUAGUACGGCUACAAUAUGUCACUGUCAAUUUGUGCAGUUUUGACUCACUAAUAUCGUGUAGUUUUCCUAGUAGUGUGCAGAAAUGGGGAGGCAAAACAACACUAGUGAGACACCGUCGUUCUACCAGUGCCCUCAAUUGUCUUACUAGUGCAGACAAUGAGCGUGCUGUAGUAGAUGGACCUUCAACUGGACAUCGAAGAUACGCAAUAAAGGCUCCGAGAGCCCGGCCAUAACCGGCGGCCUCGGCCUACUGACGGAUGAACUUCGGUGGCAUCCACGCCCGUCGAGGUGUUUGCGUUUGUGGACCGGAUUAGUAGUAACGCGCGCGCAAACGCCGGCCCGGCUGGGCCGGCACUUUGAUAGCAGGCCGAUUCACAGCUUCAACAGCAAAUGCACCAGCCUUACUCACACUUCUUCAUUCUGGAUCGGUUUCGAGGAGCACGACCGAGCGAGAGAGAGCGAUGAUUUAUUGUGGCCUCAGUAACACGUUGUGCAUUUUUGUGCCCGCUCGUCCAAAAUACUCCACCCCCCCCCCCCGUGAUCCGAUGCGUGAGUCGACUCAAUUGCAUGGCCUUAUAUAAACUGUAAAUCUUACUUUUUCUUUUGAUUCUUUUUAUUCUGGAUCAAAUUAUCUUAUCUUAUUUUUGUAUGUAAACAAAGACAAACCCAAGAAAAGUGGGGGAACAAAAAUAGUAACAAUAACAUAAAACAUGACAGCGAAAACUUUGUCAUUCAGCAAUAGCAAUAUCAGUCAUUCCUGACCAGUAUAUCAUAUGAAAGUAACUUUAUACAAGCUUAUGGAAAGCCGUUCAAACUUUUAUCCGAGAUCUAAUUUAAGCUCAAUGUACAACUACAUGCUUUGUCCUCACUAGUAAGACAACUCAGGGCACUGGUAGAAUGACGACUGUCUUACGAGUAAUGUUUUUUUUUUUUGUGUAACAUUUUUGUCCACUUGUAGGCCAACUAUGGCGCCCUAACAGGACAGCAGCAUGUUACCAGUGAGGCAAAACUGUGCGCUGGUUGUUGACAUCAGCGCACUACUAACACUGUACUACUAAGCGACCCGCUAGUUGUGCGCUGGUUGUUGUAGUUGUCCUACUAGUGAGGACAAAGAGCGUUCUACUACACUGACUUCCAGUUUAAGAUCAUACUAAUGGACCAAAAGUGGCACUAGUAGUGGAAAAUAUGUUACUGUUCCACCAGUGCCGUGAAUUGUCUUACUCGUGGAUCGAAAAAGCGCGUACUAGUGCACGGGCCUGAAACUGGAUAUGAAUGAUAUGGAAUGAAUGCUGCACAUGGCUUUCCAUACAAGAUGGACUUCUAUGCCAAUGUUCUUCUAUACUACAAAUAUGUUGUGAUACUCACUUGUUUGCUUAUUAAUUAGGUACCUCCAGACAAUAUCUGUUUUGUAAAAUCUCUUUGAGAGGUGUUUUUUUUUUGUGUGUGUGUAUUUAUUUUGUUAACUUUUCACAGCUGACUUGCGUAAGAAUGGGUCUUUCGACGAUUCUGCCUAAAUAUUAGAGAUGGCUUUGAGCAGCAUGAUCCAAGGCUACUUUGCAUAUUUGUCUUUUUCUUUUUUUUUCUUCUUUUUUUUAAAUCUGUGGUUACUUAAUAACUUGACAAGUGAGCGUAUAAAAUGACUUUAUUCAUUAAGCGGAAGCCAAAGCACAUUAAAAUCCCUCCACAGUGCCCCCCAUGUCAAAAGCAAUGCAUGAUUUGUGAUUGUCCCGGGUCAUUAGUAUGUUUAUGCUAUAACACUAAUAUGAAAUUUCACCUUGUCGUCGGGAAGCAGCGGGCAGGUUAUGUACUGUAUAUAUUACAAGACUGGGUUGGCCCUGAUGGGGUUUGGUUAUUUAUUUAUUUCAUAUGUAUUUUCUUUUGUUGCAUCCCUGCUUCUCGAGUCGUAAUACUUACUAUGAAUUCUUUCCAGUUCAAGCAUUCGCAUCGUGAUUCCCCCCCGCCCACUUUUUUUUUGCGCAAAUUCUCCCGUGAGAUUUGCGUCGCAUCAAAUGACUCAGUUGUCCAUACUUGUGAAGUGCGUAUAUAUUUAUUUCCUCGUCAUUUGACUCGUGCGCGACCUAAUUUAUUAUCUGCCGUCAUCAACUUCAGACGUGUGUCACCGUAGACUGAGCAGCUGGUAGAUUGCAAACAAACUCCACUCCUUCCGUUUUGAGUCCCCUUAGUUUAGGCAACGAUCGCUAGGAUCCACCACGCUAGACUUUGCAUGUAUUGUUGCUAUGCAUUGAUUUCGCUUACGCGGUAGAUGAAGCGCUUUUGUAUUUUUUGAUACAUCAUGUACUUUUUUUACUUGUCCCUUUUAAUAAAAGUAAUUUUGUGAGUUUUAUGGGAA